UCUAUAAAGAGUGCUGCCAGCACCGUUGCCUACGACAUGAUGAAAUAUUACAACGGUAAUGAUACCGGAGGUACUCCCGGACUACUACCACAGCCAUAUUUCUGGUGGGAAGGAGGCGGAAUGUUCAUGUCUUUAUUGGAUUAUUUCCGCUAUACCGGUGAUUCGACUUACAACGAUGUGGUGCAGCAGGCAUUACUCUUUCAAGUUGGUGCGGAUAACGACUAUAUGCCAGCAAAUCAGACCAAAGAUGAAGGCAACGAUGAUCAAGGGUUUUGGGGCAUGGCAGCAAUGUUAGCCGCUGAAACGAACUUCCAGAAUCCACCCGCUGACCAACCCCAAUGGCUGGCCUUGGCACAAGCGGUCUUUAAUGAACUUGCCUCUCGAUGGGAUGAGACAACGUGCGGUGGCGGCCUCCGCUGGCAAAUAUUUACAUUUAACAACGGGUUUACGUACAAGAACAGCAUUGCAAAUGGCUGCUUGUUCAAUCUGGGUGCGAGACUAGCAAGAUAUACUGGAAACGAUACCUACGCGCAGUGGGCCCAAAAGGUAUGGGACUGGGAGACUUCGACUGGUUUAAUUGAUGCCUCUUACAAUGUCUUUGACGGAGCUUCAGAUUUACAAAAUUGCACAUCCAUCGAUAAACUUCAAUGGACAUAUAAUGCUGGUAUCUACCUGCACGGCGCCGCGAAUAUGUUUAAUUACACCAAGGGCAAUGCUAUCUGGGAAGAACGCACCGAAGGCAUCCUGAACGCUUCCCACAUAUUCUUCGACAACGGAAUAAUGCAGGAGCAAGCCUGCGAGAGUGCCAACACAUGUGACACUGACCAGCUCUCCUUCAAAACCUACUUCUCCUCCUGGCUCGCCGCAACCGCCACUCUAGCACCGUUCACCUACAACCAGAUCGCGCCCCUCCUAGCCACUUCCGCGCGCGCAGCGGCGAAGAUAUGCAACGGGGGCAACAGCGGGACCCAAUGUGGCUCCAAAUGGACGACCGGGACGAACGACGGCUCGUUCGGUAUCGGCCAGCAGAUGAGCGCGCUGGGCGCCAUCCAAUCCUCGCUGAUCCAGGUCCCGGGCCAGAAGGUCGUCGCGCCGGUGACGAACAGCACGGGCGGCACAAGCCAGGGGAACCCAUCAGCCGGGAUCGGGACCACGAGUGCGACGCCGACGUUCGAUACGACACCCGUGACGACGAAGGAGAAGGUGGGCGCGGCGUUGAUGACCUUCGCAGUCUUGAGCAGUGCUAUCGGGGGCACCGUGUUCAUGGUUAUGGAGAGUUAGUUAGGGAUCUGGCGGAGUUGACUAUAUGUACCCCCCUCCAUAAGUAC